GCUAACGCCCCUCAGAGGAGGCCUCUGAUUGGUCAGAUUCCAAGCCCCCCCUGCCACUGUACCCGACUGUUCCAGUGAACCACCGAGGGUCUAUUUCAGCCGUACGCGGCGAACCGCGCGAUAAAAGCUGCUAAAAACGAAGGUGUGCAGAAGGAUACAGAGGAAGAAGCAGCAGCCGUCCGAUACAUUGUUUUGCUAACUUCGGAGUUUUAACAGCUAGCCGGGUCUUCUCUUACCGAAAGCCGAUACAAUAUUUAAAACGUUUUAUGUGAAGCGGGCAUCUUCAGCAGGAGGAAAAUGGUCACUUUCUCUGCAGCGAUUAGACCUCUGGUCUCUCAUCUUCAGCGACAUCUCAGACACGUCAGGAGUCCCAGGAUAACUCCUGUCCGACAGUGCAACCUCACAGCAUGCUCCAGCAAAUAUGUGCUGUCUCAGAUGCAUCCCAUGUGGCAGGGACCCCUCGUGGUACCAGGAGGCGAUCAUCAGUCUCCCAUCGAUAUUGCAGUGAGAAAAACGGUCUUUGAUUCGGAGCUGAAACCUCUGGUGACGAGCUACGACCCAGAGACCUGCCAGCAAAUCUGGAAUAAUGGUUAUUCCUUUCUGGUCGAAUAUGACGACACCACAAACAAGAACACACUGAAGGGGGGUCCCUUACGGGACGAGUUUAGGCUGUGUCAGUUCCAUUUCCACUGGGGUGAGACCAACGACUGGGGUUCAGAGCACACUGUGGACCGAAGGCUGUUUCCUGCAGAGCUCCACUUGGUCCACUGGAACUCUGACAGGUACUCUCUGUUCGAGGAGGCGGUGAUGGAGAAAAACGGACUCGCCGUCAUAGGAAUUUUUCUGAAGGUGGGAAAAAGACACGAGGGGCUGCAGAAGCUGGUCGACGCUCUUCCAAGUAUCAGACACAAGGACAGCGUUGUAGAGUUCAGGCGGUUCGAUCCAGGUUGUCUGCUGCCGUCCAACAUCGAUGACUACUGGACAUACCACGGCUCUCUGACCACGCCUCCUCUGACUGAAUCUGUCACCUGGAUCGUCAUGAAGCAGCACAUAGAAGUCAGCCAUGACCAGCUGGCGGUCUUCAGGAGCCUCCUGUUCACCUCAGCUGAGGAGGACGUUCAGAAGAGCAUGGUGAAUAACUUCCGGGUGCAGCAGCCUCUGCGGGGUCGCACCGUCCGCUCCUCCUUUACUCCGUUCCUGCAGGAGGCGCCGUAAGCUAGAGACGACAAGCAGAGCCUUCAAUGCUGCUGGACUGAUUAACAACAUGCUGGUGCUUAACAGGACUAAGGAAACUUUUAAUGUUCAGCUGCCUCUGAGAGCUUCAUGCUGUUUUUAUUCAAGUACAAUCAUCAUAUGUUUUAUUUUGAUAAUGAACAGUUUUACACAUGAUGAAAGAAAACCUUUUUAGAGAUUUAUCUUUGCUCAGUUUUUGGUUUGACCGUUUCACAGCAGUUAUCAAUAAGGGAAUAAGGGUCACCAAAGGGGGUUCAAUUCACUAAAAACAUAUGAAUUUUAUUACCUUAAGUUUUAUUUAAUAUACACUUUGUUGGGUUUGUUUCAGCCUCCACUUGGAGUCAAAUUGAGCUGCAGCUGGUCUGAGCUGCUGUCUGUUUACAGUGAAAUGCCCUGGAGAUUUUUACAAAUAACUUUUACAGAAAUGUGCAUAAUUAUCAAAACAAACAAUUGUUUUACUGGAUGUUUUCUUCCAUCUGUUACAAAGAGAUUAUACUGAAUACGUAUGAAAUUAAUUUUCAACAACCUUUUUUGUUUUUUUUAACCUUUCUCAGCCUUUGUUACUAAGACGCACAAACAUGUAAAGUUACAGCAGCAUAAGCACAUAAUAGGAAAACACUGAGGAGGAGAUGUACGGGGGAACAGGGUAUGCAAUGCUACACGACUUACAGACUGACAGUGAUGCUUUGCCUUGAACAGAAGAAAAGGAGUGAUGAUGCCUUCUUCUACCUUCAUCUACCUUUAGUUCAUCUACCAUUAGAAUAGGUAGAUGAACUCCACAGGGGCCACAGCAGGUUGUGUUUGGUUGUUUUUUUAUCUAUUUACGCAUUAAA